CCCUUUCGCUGCAAAUCAGGGUCAUCGCCCACCAUGGCCACACUCAUCCGCCCUCCACCCGUCGAUCCGUCGCUGUCGUCUAUCGAAAAUGUCCUCGAACUGAUCCAACUGCCCGACAUUGACCCCAAUCUCUUCACAAACAAGCGUCCGCUAUGGCAUCCACCGGGCGCGCGUGGUAUCUUUGGUGGCGCUGCCAUUGCGCAGACACUGAGUGCCGCCCAGAAGACGGUCGACCCCGACUUCACGGUGCACUCGAUGCACUGCUAUUUCGUGCUUGCUGGCAAUGCCGAGAUUCCCGUCGUAUACCAUGUCGAGCGCGUGCGGUCAGGCAAGUCGUUUGCGACAAGGACAGUGCAAGCGCGACAAAGGGGCAAGGUCAUCUUCACCACCACCAUGAGCUUUGUGCGACAAAACAGUGGGGGUGCCGACCUGGUCGAGCACAUCUACCCCAUGCCAGACGUCCCAGGGCCCAUCGAGGACAAUGGCGAAUCCGAGGUGCUCCACAACGACCAUGGCCCCUUUGUGAGCCAACAACUGCCUAUUGUGAACGAACACUCGGACAAGCCGCACGCCAAGAGAUGUCGACAAUGGGUCAAGGCGCGCGGCCGCAUCUCCCCCGCCGGCGGCCACGAAGCUCACCUCUCGGCCAUAGCAUACAUGUCGGACAGCUACUUUAUCGGUACCGUUGCGCGUGCACAUAAGCUCAUGCGCUACUCUACCCUGCGCAAGGACAGCGCAAAGUCAAGCAUCGACGAAGACAUGCUGAAGAAGUUGCUGGAGAUGGACGACACGGAGCUGCAGCAACAGAGCCAUGUCAACGAGGCAGAGAAGGAGCGCAUACGGCAACUGAAGAACGGCGAGCCAGACCGAGAGAUUGGGAUGAUGGUCAGUCUGGAUCACACCAUCUACUUCCAUAACCCUCGCAACUUCCGGGCAGACGAGUGGAUCCUUGCCGACGCGGAGACGCCGUGGGCUGGCGACGGCCGUGGGCUUGUUUUCCAGAGAAUGUAUACCAGGGACGGCACGCUCAUAGCGAGCUGCGUGCAAGAGGGCGUUGUGCGAUUGAAGCAGAACGACAGUAAGCUCUAGUCAUGACCCCGCAUUUUCUGCGUCUCGUUUCGUGUGCUUUGAUCCGAUUGGUAUUUUGUGGCCGAUUUCCAUUUGCUCUGGCCGCAGUAGACCUUGUUCUUUGCAUUGCAUUUCCCGUUGUAGGUGUAGACGUGGCGACUGCGUAUACCACUUUCUCUCUCUCUCUCUCUCUCUCUCUCUCUCUCUCUC